AUGCAAGGCUUUGUCUUCCCUGGAAUUGACAGGCCUGCCACAGGCAUGAAAAGUGUUGAUAGAGAAUAUCCUGCAUACCGUUCAGUAUCUGGGGGGAGGCAAAGCAAAUGCGUCAUGUCACCAUCCAAUGCCGGCAUGGUUGUUGAAACUAUAGAGAGAAGAAAUAAGCACUGGUUUGUCCGGACACAAGUGGCAAGUGAUUUGAUCAUACAAGUUGGAGAUUCCAGCUUUCACUUGCAUAAGCUCCCGAUGGUCAUGAGAAGUGGACACUUGAACAGACUAGUAUUCCAGAGAAGUGAUGCAGAGAGAGAAACCAGCCGUAAAAUUCACAUAGACAAUCUUCCAGGUGGAACCAAAGUUUUUGAAUCAGUAGUCAAGUUCUGUUAUGGUUGGAAGGCUGAUCUAACUGCUGCCAACAUUGCUCCACUAUAUUGUGCUGCACAUUUCUUGGAAAUGAGUGAUGAUUUUGAACAAGGAAAUCUGAUAUCCAAAACUGAGGCUUUUUUGAGCUUUUUGAUAUUUUCAUCAUGGAAAGACACAUUUAGGAUUUUGAAAAGCUGUGAAUCCAUUUCUUCAUGGGCUAAUGAGUUUAAAAUCACAAAACGAAGCGCCGAAGCCAUUGCUUGGAAGGCCUGCACAAACGUUAAAGCAUUUGGUUCUUCUGAGAAUGAUAAUGCACAGUGCUUCAAUGUUCUACCAAAUAAUGCAGAGAACUUAAAGUUUGAAGAUGAAGCUGACAUUUGGUGGUUUGAAGAUGUUUCAUCCCUAAGAAUAGAUCAUUUCAUUGAAGUGAUCCAAGCCCUAAAAUGUAAAGGGAUGAGAGCAGACCUUGUAGGAUCAUGUAUAGCUCAUUGGACUGCUAAGUGGCUUGCACGAAUAACUUCUGGGCUUGAAAGAAUGACCCCAAAGCAUAUGACCCAUCAAUUACUAAGAGUUACAGCUGAGUGCUUGAUUAAGGUACUGCCUACAGAGGAGAAUUCAGUUACUUGCAAUUUUAUACUUCAUCUUCUUAAGCUGGGGUUCAUGACAAAGAUAAAUUCCGAAUUGCUGAGCAUGCUUGAAAGACGAAUCGCUUUCAUGUUGGAUCAAUGUCAUGCUCCAGAUCUCUUGGUUAAGAACUAUGGAGGUAAAGAUAGUGUCCAUGAUGUAGGUCUUAUUGUAAGGGUGGUGGUGUCUUAUGUUUCUAUAGUUUUGAGUAGUCCCACACCAAAAAUGUUCGCCGUUGGAAGGUUGAUAGAUGGGUAUCUUACUCUAGUUGCAAAGGAUGAGAACCUUACGGUGAAUAGUUUCCAAUCACUUGUUGAAGCAUUGCCGAAAGACGCUCGGUAUUGUGAUGACAAUCUUUAUAGAGCCAUUGACAUGUACCUCAAGGCACACCCUGGCUUAACAGAAGAAGAAAGAAUGAGUCUAUGUGGAUCCCUGGAAUAUCAUAGACUGUCACAAGAAGCACGCGAGCAUGUAAUGAAGAAUGAUCGGUUGCCCCUGAAGAUUACGACACGGUUUUUCCUUCUUGAACAAGUAAAUAUGACUAGGUCAAUGACAGCUAUUGGAUCAAAUUACCGAAGAACGAAGACUCAGGCAAUUGUCAGAGUAAACAAAGGUUUAGGGAAGGGAUGGAUGAACUCCAAGAAGGAAAUAAACUUGAUGACAAAAGAGGUUGAGACAAUGAGGGUGCAACUCAAUGAUUUGCAAAUGUGUAAAUUAAAGCUUCAAAACCAACUGAAAAGGUGCAUUAUUUAG